AUUCUUACUAUUUUUUGAAAAAAAAAAAAAAAAACAUUUUUUUCUCCCCAGUUUUGUACCCAAAAGUCUUUCACUCUGACUUUUCAGCAAAAUUUUGGACAGAUUUAAUUCCUCCAACUUCUACAACCAGCAGCAGCGCCUUCUUGCAUCUUUCCUCCGCAAAAGAAUUGAAAACGGAACUCGAUCUCAAGAUUUUCAGCUAUCUCCUCCAGCUCCACCGCAUAAAAAAAAAGGUAAGAUUUCUUACUUACUUUGACACCGAUGGAUCUUCUUUUGCCGAUUCUGUGUUCCUUGAACUGAAUUCCGUUCUGUUUUGGCUUUCGCCUUCCUUGAGAAAUUUGAUUAAAAAAAAAAAAAGUUUCUUUGUAAUUCAAUCAUAGAAAGGGAUUGUUUCAUUUACAUGUUUAUAUAAGUUGAAGAAAAUGGUGGAUUUGUUAUUUUCUCUCUUCCUGGAUUUCUCAAGAGUUCAACAGUGGAACAUUCCUUAUCUCUCUGUUUUUUUUGUUCUUCUUCUUUCUCUAGAGAAUAAAACCUUUUGGCUAUUGGUCCACCUGCAUAAAUGCUCGCAUUUGGCUUUUAAAGCUAAAAACGUCUUUAAAAACCUACCACCAAGAAGGUCUAACUUUUGUAGUAGAAAUACUAGCAAGGUUGGUUGUGGGAUGCUCUCAGGCAUUAAUGAUGCCAGUGCCUACGAACCUAGCUAAUUAAUCCACCCAUUGUGGGGGUAGCAUUUUCAACUUCCAUCGCUUUCCUUUCACAUCAUAUUUCGAUUUCAACGACCUUUCUUAGUUGCCAAUCAAAAUGGGGUAAAAAUGGUGAUUUUCACUUCCCAUUUUAGUAAUAAGCUGGUAUAUAUAAUGCAUUAAAAGAGUGUUUAUUUAGCGAGUUAAUUAAUACCUAUUAACCUCAAAACUUUGAAAUUGCCGAUUAUGAAAUUAAGGUUAGGUUCAAAUUCCUCAAUUAACCAAGAACUUCCUCUGUUAAUAGCAAGAGAAAGAGUGCGUUGCCUUCAUACCACCGUUUACAUUAGGAACCAUGCUAGAAAUGGUUGGCUACUUAAUUCCUGUUUUGUCUAUUUAUUUGUAGUUGUAAUAAAAUACAGAGAAUAGUUGUUUCAGUGCACACAUCCAGCAGAGAAUGGAGCAAACAGCUUCACUAGUCUGCAGCCGAUAUAUUUUUUUGUUGCUGCUUAUGGGAGCUGUGACACUGCAUGAAAGAGUAGGGGGAGAUCCAAGAACGCAGACAUUCCAACUUACGUGCGGCCCCCAACUGGAGAAUAACAGAAGCAUCUUUGUUCAGAAUUUUGUUGUUGCAAUGGAGAAUAUCAGUGAACAGAUGCGUACGACAGGUUUUGGACAAGUAGUUGCGGGUUCAGGACCUGAUGCUGACUACGCUCUGGCUCAGUGUUAUGGAGAUCUCUCUUCGCUUGACUGUGUGUUAUGCUAUGCAGUGGCUCGGACGGUUCUUCCUCAGUGCUAUCCCCACAAUAGCGGUCGCAUUUUUCUUGAUGGGUGCUUCAUGCGGUCUGGAAAUUAUAGCUUCUUCCAGGAGUAUACAGGGCCUGAAGACAGGGCAGUGUGUGGCAACACAACCAGGAAAAGUUCUGCAUUUAAAAAAUCAGCAACAGAUGCUGUGAACCGUGCUGUUGCAGCUGCACCGGGCAAUAAAGGGUACGCACAUGCUCAGGUGGCUGUUCCUGGGACAAAUGAAUCAGCUUAUGUCUUGGCAAACUGCUGGAGGUCAUUGAGGGAGAAUUCUUGCAGAUUGUGUUUAGAGAACGCAUCCCCAUCCAUAUUAGGAUGCUUGCCUUGGUCAGAGGGGAGAGCUCUUAACACAGGAUGCUUCAUGAUGUACUCGGACAAAGAUUUCCUCAACAAAGUACCUGAAACUGGAAAUGGAAGUUCAGGAGGAACCGUUAUAGUGAUAAUAAUUUCUGUUGUCAGCAGCCUUGUUGUUUUGGGAGUUGCAGUAGCUAUUGGAGUUCAUAUAAGGAAGCAGAGACAUAUACAAAAGAAAAGAAAAGGAUCAAAUGAUGCCAGAAAUCUGGUGAAAAGCCUUAAUGACAGUAGCUUAAACUUCAAGUAUUCUACCCUUGAGAAGGCUACAGGAUCUUUUGCUGAAGCAAACAAGCUCGGUCAAGGAGGAUUUGGGACAGUUUAUAAGGUAGGUUUCCUUUGAUGUCUACUUUUCCUUUCCAUAUUUGGAGAAUGAUCUUGUAAAUCUAUUUUCACUAGAAUGAUCUUGUAAAUCUAUUUUCACUA